CGCGGGAGGUUCCGGGCCGAGCCGGAGCUUCCGGGAGCGGCCGCGCUGAGGGGCAGGAGGCGGAGGAGGAGGAGGAGAAUGAAGAAGGAGCAGGUGGUGCACUGCCAGUUCUCCGUGUGGUACCCGCUCUUCAAGGCCGUCACCAUCCGCAGUGUUAUACUUCCCCUGCCAGACAACGUGAAAGAAUAUUUGCUGGAUGAUGGAACACUCGUGGUUUCCGGAAGAGAGGAUCCACCAAGUCAUGCUCAGGAGGGGAGUGAUGACACAGAGGAAAUACAGUGGUCAGAUGAUGAGAACACUACAACACUUAAGGCACCAGAAUUCCCUGAGUUCACAUCUAAAGUUGAGGAAGCAAUAAGUUCCUUGGGUGGAAGUGUUUUUCCUAAACUUAACUGGAGUGCUCCAAGGGAUGCCUACUGGAUAGCAAUGAACAGCUCUCUGAAAUGCAAAGCUCUCAGUGACAUCUUCCUCCUCUUCAAGAGUUCAGACUUCAUUACUCGUGACCUCACUCAGCCGUUUAUUCACUGUACUGAUGAUUCCCCUGAUCCUUCCCUGAACUAUGAGCUUGUUCUUCGCAAAUGGUGUGAACUAAUCCCUGGUGCAGAAUUCAGGUGUUUUGUCAAGGAAAACAAGCUUUUAGGUAUAUCCCAGAGGGACUACACCCAAUACUACGACCACAUCUCCAAGCAACAUGAGGACAUCUGCAGAGCCAUACAGGAGUUCUUCGAGAAACACAUUCAGUAUAAAUUCUUGGAUGAGGACUUUGUUUUUGAUGUGUACAGGGACAGCAGGGGUAAGAUUUGGUUAAUAGAUUUUAACCCAUUUGGUGAAGUAACAGACUCCCUGCUCUUUACAUGGGAAGAACUGACCUCUGGGAAAAACCUGAAAGGAGACCAGAGUGAAGGGGAAGCAACAGAACAGGAUUAUCCAGUUUUCCGCUGCACGAACAGUAAAGUCACCGUCCAGCCCAGUCCGUACCUGAGCUACCGACUGCCGAAGGAUUUCGUGGACCUUUCUACAGGAGAGGAUGUUCACAAACUGAUCGACUUCCUUAAGCUGAAGAGAAAUCAGCAAGAUGAUGACUGAGGUACCCAGAAGCAUUACACUGAAUUACAAGCAAGAAAUGCAGCUAAAGCUAUAUUUAGCAUAACUAUUAAACUAUUGAUUUAAAGAAAACGUGCUUUUUAUAGUCAGUGAAAGAACUGAAGAGCUGUUCAUCCUCUGUGUCUCUUGGUUUAUAUAAAAGUGUAGAAAAGCUUUUUCAGGGAAACAUGAAAGGUCAGGGUGAGUUCUCGCUGGAUUCCAGGUGCAAGCCAGCAACAGUCUGAGUGCAAUGAACAACUGCUUUCCCAUCUCAUAUUGUGAAGACUGAUGCCAGUGAGCUCUGCCUUUGGACUCUUCACUGAUAAAUAUGGCAACAUGUAAUGCUUGUGCAGUUAAAACAUCGAGCAUCCUCUGAGUUUAGGCACAGUCUUGCUGAAAAUAUAGUCACAAAGAAAAAGGAAUGUACAUUUUUAUCUGUAGUAACCUUUUAAAAUUGUAAAUUGAUUUUCAUUUGGGAGCACUUCUUGUCCUUUAUGUAAAAAAAGAAAUAAAUAAAAAAGUGAAGAAAGGAUUUUUUUUCUUUGAGGGCUAAUACUUCAUUUCAGAGAACAGGUAUAGCUACAGCAGACUACUUAAGGUUUGAAAAUUUUGCAUAUCAGGACUUGGAAAUUCUUAAUGCAUUUCAAGUAAAGUAGUGUUAUCACAGUCACUAAAGCGAUGAAAUUUGUUAAACUUCACUAAAUUUCAUUUUAUUUGCAUAGAAAAACUUUCCUGAAACCUAUUUUUGUAACAGGAUUACAUACUAGACAUCAUCUGUGACAGUCUACAUAGUUAAACAUAACAUCAGCCUGUAAUUUUAUAUUCAGACUCAGUCUUAUUUCUUUUGUAUCACAUCUCUGAGUUUCCUAAGAACAUGAUUACUCUUUCAGCUCUUAAAAUACUGUAUUCAUUUGGUGGCAGCUUGUGUUUUGUGCCUCAGUGGAAGCCUGGCUAAAUUUGGGGAAACAAUUGCUGUGAUUUGGGAGGUGGGAGAGGGGAACAGGUUCAGAUGAAGAACCAGUUGACUUUUGGAUACAGGUGUUUGCAUGGCAUCAGUCAUUUCUUAACAGUGUGCAGAGUUCCCAUUGGAAAAAAAAAAGGACAUUUGGAGAUGCUCAGAGCCCCUGGAAAUUGGUUCUUGUUUCACACCAGUCAUGUGAUACUCUCUGUGUAUAUAAAGCAGUUCAUGUUUCUUU